CUGGCGGGAGGCAAGAUGGCCGCCACCAAGCGGGUCCUCUACGUGGGCGGCCUGGCCGAGGAGGUGGACGAGAAGGUGCUGCACGCGGCCUUCAUCCCCUUCGGAGACAUCACCGACAUCCAGAUCCCGCUGGACUACGAGACCGAGAAGCACCGAGGAUUUGCCUUUGUUGAGUUUGAGCUGGCAGAGGAUGCUGCUGCAGCUAUCGACAACAUGAAUGAAUCUGAGCUCUUUGGCAGGACGAUCCGUGUGAACUUGGCCAAGCCGAUGCGGGUUAAAGAAGGAUCGUCCAGGCCUGUCUGGUCGGAUGACGAGUGGCUGAAGAGGUUUUCAGGGAAGACUCUGGAGGAGAACACAGAGGAAGGGGGAGCAGCAGCCCCCAAACCAGAAACGCAGGAGGGCGAACCUCCUGCUAAGAAAGCCCGAGCCAACCCCCGGGUUUACAUGGACAUCAAGAUUGGCAACAAACCUGCCGGGCGGCUCCAGAUCCUCCUGCGCUCGGACGUGGUGCCCAUGACCGUGGAGAAUUUCCGCUGCCUCUGCACCCACGAGAAAGGCUUUGGCUUCAAAGGGAGCAGCUUCCACCGCAUCAUCCCCCAGUUCAUGUGUCAGGCUGGAGACUUCACCAACCACAACGGCACUGGAGGCAAAUCCAUCUACGGGAAGAAGUUUGAUGACGAGAACUUCAUUCUGAAACACACGGGGCCAGGUAGGGCCAGCUGCAACAGUCAGGAUCAUGGAAUCACAGAAUCUUUGGGGACCUGCAAGGAUGGAGACGCUGCUGCCCUCCCCAUGGGGACGAUGCUCUUUGCAGCCCCGAGUGCUCUCAGAGAUGCCUCUGCAGCCCGUUUGGGUGGAAAAUGA